AUGAGUCUGUGCAAUAGGUCUAUGAUCCCAGGUAGGACAGAAAUUCAGGAGGCACAGCACACUGGAAUCUAUGGUUACUGUAGCAGACAGAAGGUUACGUAUGGAGCUUCAGCUGUGGUACUAAGUGACAAAAAACAGUUCCCCUCAUUCUUCAGACUCUUUCCAAGUGACAAGAUUGUGUCCCAAGGCAUUGCCAAGUUUGUAAAACACAUUGGGUGGACAUGGGUUGGAAUCAUUGCUGAAGAAACUGAUUUUGGCUUGCUUGGAAGUCAGAUAGUUAAUGAUAAUCUUCUAAACCUUGGAGUUUGUGUUUCAUUUUAUGAAACUAUUCCAACAGUGAAUUCUGGAGCACAAGUUCUUCAUGCAGUUCAAGUCCUUAAAACAUCAACUGCAAAAGGCAUUAUUUUGUUUUUUUCUCAGUAUAAUAUGUAUCUAAUAAUUGAGGAGAUUAAACGACAGAAUAUCUCUGAAAAAGUUUGGAUUGUGAGUGAAUCAUGGUCUGCAUUUACACCAUUUGAAAACAAUGCCUUCAUGGUACUAAAUGGUUCCAUCAUAUUUGGAAUACAUAAUGGUGAAAUAAGAGGCUUUAGAGAGUUUCUUUACCAGCUCAGUCCAGCCACAUCUGCAGAUGAUAUUUAUGUCAAUAUUUUUUGGGAACAUGUAUUUGGGUGCAAAUGGACAAGUAAUGUAGGGGGCAAUACUACAUAUUCUGAAGUGAAUGCUGGAGUUAAAAUUUGCAGUGGAGCAGAAGAGCUAUACGGCAUUGAUAUUCCUUUCUUUGAUAUGAGUACAUUACGAAUCACCUACAAUGCUUAUAUUUGUGUAUAUGUCAUUGCAAAUGCAUUGCACAACUUAUAUUCCUACAGAGCCAGAGAGAGCUCAUAUUCUAACAGCAGCUGUAUUCACAUUUCUUGCUUUGAACCCUGGCAGCUACUCCUUUAUGUGAAAAAGGUACAUUUCAGGACUAAAUCUGGAGAUGAUGUAUUUUUUGAUGAAAAUGGAGAUCCACCAGCUGUAUAUGAUAUUCUAAACUGGCUUGUGGCUGAGGAUGGAACAUCAAAGUAUUUUAAGAUCGGGCGCUUUGAUCCUGGUGCUCAAAUGCCUCUGUCUGUAUGUAGUGAACUAUGUGCUCCUGGUUAUCGAAAGGUCAUUCAGGAAGGGCAGGCACUGUGUUGUUUCAGAUGUGUUCCAUGCUCUGAGGUCGAAAUUGCGAACAUAAGUGACUCAAUUGACUGUUUAAGAUGUCCAGAUGAAUACUGGCCGAACAAAGAGAGAAGCACAUGUGUUAAGAAGAUUGCAGAAUUUCUUUCCUUCUCUGAGCCUCUGGGAGCAACAUUAGCCAUCAUUUCCAUCAUCAAUGCACUGAUUCCAAUAUUCAUUCUUUUGAUUUUUGUCAAGCAUCGAGAUACACCCAUAGUAAAGGCAAAUAACCGAGGCCUGACUUACCUCCUGUUGUUAUCUAUGAUCCUCUGCAGUCUCUGCCCGUUGAUGUUUAUAGGACGCCCCCAAGUAUUGUCAUGCAUGGUUCGUCAACCGGCAUUUAGUAUUAUUUUUACCCUUUCUGUGUCUUGUGUAUUGUCCAAAACAGUGAUGGUUGUCCUAGCCUUCAAUGCUACCAAACCAAACAGUAGGUUAAAAAAGUGGGCCUCCCCUACAUUUUCAUAUAUGCUUGUUUUACUUUGUGUCUUAUUUCAAGUGACUAUUUGCUGCACAUGGCUGGCUACUUCACCUCCAUAUCCAGAACAAAACAUGAAAUCUCAGACUGGAAAGAUCCUUUUGGAGUGCAAUGAAGGUUCUCCUCUCGCUUUCUGGAGCAUGCUAGGUUAUAUGGGAUUUUUGGCCAGUCUUAGCUUUGCAUUGGCCUUUUUGUCCAGAAACUUGCCAGAUAGCUUUAAUGAAGGUAAACUCAUCACAUUUAGCAUGCUGGUAUUUGUUACUGUCUGGCUUGCAUUUGUUCCAGCCUAUAUUAGCACAAGGGGAAAGUAUAUGGUUGCUGUGGAAAUAUUUACAAUAUUAUCUUCAAGUGUUGGUUUACUAUUCUGUAUUUUUGUACCAAAAUGCUACAUAAUUGUCAUUAGGCCUGAAAUGAACACAAAAGACUAUCUGAUGGGAAAAGGGACAAUUGCAUUAAAGAAAAAGUAA